GGUUCAGUCCGUAUAACAAAUAAAUAAUCAAUUAACCCUGUUCUAUUUAGUAUUCCUGUUGCUUACAAUAUUAUUGCUUCAAUGAUAUUUUCGGUCUCCUUUGUUUAAAAGGUGUUAAAUUAUAAAAAUUGUUUGUAUUGAAAAGAUUCAUUUCUGAACACAUUGAAUCUUUAUGUGAUGAAAAUUUCUGCGUCUCAGUAUCAUAAUAUUUACUGUUUCACGUGUACCUAAAUACAAUUAUGGAUUAUAAAUUCCCAAGUGAGUUUAUGUUUGGUGCUUCAACUGCUUCAUAUCAAAUAGAAGGAGCCUGGAAUGAAAAUGGAAAAGGAGAAAACAUUUGGGAUCAUUUGGUUCAUAAUAGACCAGAACUAAUAAAAGAUAAAACCAAUGGAGAUAUUGCUUGUGAUUCCUACCAUAAGUAUAAAGAAGACAUUGCACUGGCUAAGCAUUUAAAUCUGAAGUUUUAUCGCUUUUCAAUAUCAUGGGCUCGUAUAGUACCAUCUGGGGAAGUUAACUCUUUAAAUCUUGAUGGAAUAGCAUACUACAAUCGUCUUAUUGAUGAACUUAUUGCCAAUGAUAUUAUUCCAUUUGUUACAAUGUAUCAUUGGGAUCUCCCUCAAUAUCUUCAAGAUCUAGGAGGUUGGGUUAAUCCAAUUAUGUCAGAUUACUUUAAAGAAUAUGCUCGAGUGCUAUUCACCCAUUUUGGAGAUAGAGUAAAAUGGUGGAUAACAAUUAAUGAACCAAUGGAGGUAUGUCAAGGUUAUGCUAAUAAAGGCUAUGCUCCAUACUUACAUUUAAAAAAUACAGGUUAUUAUUUAGCAGCUCAUACACUACUUAUUGCCCAUGGAAAAGUGUAUAGAUUGUAUGAAAAUAUGUUUAAAUCCCAACAAAAAGGUAAUAUAAGUAUUUCAAUAAAUGGUGUAUUCUUUAUACCAAAAAAUGCAGAUUCACCUGAAGAUAUAAAGACUGCUGAGAGAGCAAAUCAAUUUGAAAGAGGAUGGUUUAGUCAUCCUGUGUACAAAGGAGAUUAUCCACCCGUAAUGAGAGAGUGGGUAGAUAAAAAAAGUCUAGAUGAAGGAAGACCCUGGUCAACAUUACCAAAAUUUACAGAUUAUGAAAUUGAAUUAAUCAAAGGCACUGCUGAUUUUUAUGCCCUUAAUCAUUAUUCUUCUCGUUUAGUUACUCAUGGUAGUGAUCCAAAAUAUAAUUAUAAUCCAGAUGCAGAAUAUGCUACAUCAGUAGAUGAGUCAUGGCCCAUAUCACCUGAAGCUCCAUGGAUAGCAGUAGUACCUGAUGGAUUAAGACAACUUUUGAUAUGGUUAAAAAAUGAAUAUGGAAAUCCACCUUUAAUUAUAACAGAAAAUGGAUAUGGCGACAAUGGACAAUUAAAUGAUUUUGAUAGAAUAAAUUACCUAAAGGGUUAUUUACAUGCUACAUUACAAGCAAUACAUGAAGACAAUUGUAAUAUUAUUGGCUAUACAGUAUGGUCACUUUUGGACAAUUUUGAAUGGAUGUAUGGUUUUUCAACUCAUUUUGGUAUUGUCAAAGUAGACUUCAAUGAUCCUCAUCGAUCUCGUACACCAAAAGCAUCAUAUACAUUUUUCAAGAAUGUGGUUGCUACUAGGCAAUUGACGACUGAUACUUAUACUAGAAUUCAAUCUACUGAAUUAUAAAGAACUAUUUUAUUUUUUACGUAACUAUUUUCAUACUCAAUUAAAUUGUUUUUAGUAAAAAUAUGUUAGGACUUAUUAAUAUAUUACGUCAGCAGACCAAGUGGAAGGGGUUCAAAAAAUCUGAAACCUUACAAGAGAGGACUAAAUUUCAAAUCUAAUUUCAGUAUAAUAACUAUCAAAAUUUGAAUUAAUGUGUGAAAAAAGCAAAAGUUGAUGAGUUACCAAUAGAAUCGAAGUCAUACCAUCUUAAUAUUAUUAUUAUUAUUAUCCUUAUUUUUAUAACUGAAGAAAUUCAUUUUAUUAAUAAGAAUAAAAUAAUUUAGGGGGAUGUCUAUGAAGAACAUUGACAUAAGAUAAGAGGAGAUAAUUAUUGUCUGACAUGGAAGGGGUGAUCAAAAAUGCUAAAAAUUGUGCUGACGUAAUAUUUGAAUACUCCCUUUUAUAAUUUAAUAUAACAUUUUAUAAUAUUUUAUUAUUUCAAAUAUAAAUAUACUAUUAAC